AUGAAAGCAUCAUUUGCUCUGUUUGGAGUUAUCUGCAUUGUCGGCGUUUACUUUGCGAGUCAUUGCAAAAUCAAAGCAGAAAUAGAUGAAUGCGCUCGCGUCAACAACAUCGGCGAGGACGUAUUCAAUGACUUGAAGGCUGGCAAAGAUCCGGCUCCAAGCAGAGAUUUGGAUUGUUUCUCAGCCUGCGUGCUCAAGCACAAUGAAGUCAUGAAUGCCGAGGGAUCUACCAAUCACAAACCUAAUGAAUCGGAUGUUACUAAACAAUGCAAAGAUUUGAGUGCCAAGAAUGACUGCGAUACCGUUGACAAAAUCAUGUCUGGUCUUCAUAAAAACAAUCUUAUUCCGAAGAUAUAAUCUGAUAGUCCCCAAAAUUU